UAGUAGUUUCUGCUCAUAGCAGCCUCGUAGAGGUGUCGGAAUUGGAUGAUAUAUAUGCAGCUGUGGAUUUAAAUCUCCAACCAACCAAUCAGAUGGCUUCCCUGGACCACAAUCUUUAUCUUCUUCCUCUGCUCAUCAUCAUCAUCAUAUCUUCCUUCCACGUUUUGCCUGUUUCACUCACACCUUCACACAAACUAAAAUCCGCCAUUACCAUUAGAAAACUCAACCUCAGAGGACCGUACAUCGGCCUCGUGACGGUCAUUGAGACCGAAGAAAAUGCUUUUCUCCGCAGUGUCGAAUUCAGACCCGACCCUACUCAUCCCUUCUUGGAUCUCUCUGGAAGACGUUUUCGAAUAGGGAAGGUUCAUGGAAAGAAGGUUGUGUAUGUCAGAUGUGGGAGAGGAAUGGUGAACGGAGCAGCAGCAACACAACAGAUGAUAGAUGUGUUCAAUGUGAAAGGGAUUGUGCAUUUUGGGAUUGCAGGAAAUAUGAACAACUCAAUGUCCAUAGGAGAUGUGAGCAUCCCUAAGCAAAUCACGAAUGCUGGCUUGUGGGAUUGGCUGAAUCCAGACAAAGCAAAGGGAGGUGAGGAUUUAGUAUACUUAGAUGUCGGGAACUAUAAUGUUCCAAAAGGAGAUGGCAACAAUGAGUUAGGGAGUAUUGGAUACAGUUACGAGCAACUAUAUUCAGUCACUGGUCGCAUCAAUAUACCUGAGAAUGUGUUUUGGAUCAAUACAACUCAAGAGUGGCUUCAUCUUGCAGCUGAUCUAGAGAAGAUAGAGCUGUCGCAGUGUGUGAAUGCAAGUUUGUGUCUUCCAAAGAAACCGAAAUUGGUUGUUGGACUGAAAGCAGCCACUGCGGACAUAUUUGUGGAUAAUGCAGCCUACAGAAAUUUCUUAUACGAUACUUUUGGUGUUUCCUCCUCAGAUAUGGAGAGUUCUGCAGUGGCCAUGUGUUUUGAAUUUGACCAGACAUGCGCAUCAAAUGGUUAUCCCGUAAUUGUGAUAAGAGGAUUAUCAGAUUUAGCAGGAGUAGGAGGAGAUAACACUGUUCAUAAGUUUGGAUCUUUGGCUGCCACUAACACUGCGAAAGCCGUUUUGGAGUUCAUUAAGAAGCUCCCACCGUCUUAAUUCCUAUGUGUAACCUAUUUAUCAUGAAUGUUUAAAUCUAGUUCUCUAGUUCAUAUCAACGAUCCCGUGACAACAAAUGAUUUGGAUUGUAAUGAUGUAAUCAACUUCAUCGUAA